GAAGAUAAACUAUUAAUGCAAAGUAUAGAAGAGGAACCUGAUCCGGAGAACCCGAUUUGGGUUAAUGUUGAAAAAAAAUUUGCUGGAAAAAGAAGUGCGAAGCAAAUUAGAGAGAGAUGGUCCAACCAUCUUUCUCCAUCAAUCAAAAAAAGAGAGUUUAAUGAUGAUGAACGAAAAAUUAUCGAGGAAGAAUUCAAAAAGAAUAAAUUCAAAUGGGCCAAAUGGCCCAAAAUUGCUUCUAAGUUAGAGAAUGCAACACCACUAAUGGUCAAAAACUUUUGGCAUAAUAGGCUUAGGGUUAGGAAAAGACCUAUUAUUGUUAGGCAUCCUACAGAUUCCUUUUUCGCGGGGCAUCCUACAGAUUCCUUUUUCGCGGAACCGUCCAUUCCAGUUCAAGGGUUUUCGAGUGGACUAGUGUUUUCAGGUUUUGUCACUCUUGCCCGUGUUGCUAGCAUGGCAUGUAGUACUACGAGCUCUG